CAUCUAACCCAAAAGACCCCCUCCCAGCCCUGCCCUGCCCUGGUUCCCUCACAUAUUUGCGAUUUUAGAACAGUGCUUCCUCGUUGAAGCUAGGAAUUGGAGGAAAAAGCAAAAUCCCAAAUUCAUUCGACACUGCACCUGUUGUAUUAAUUGAAUUUCUUCAAGAAAAAAGAAAUGAAAGUACCCCUGCCGUCUGCAAAUAACCCUCACGACGACGCCGCCGCCAAACACGCCGCCCUUAGCUGCACCGCCGCCUACGAGCCCAGCUCCGUCCUUGAUCUCCGAGGAAGCCCCAGCCCUGUCGCGGAGAAGACCGCCGCCGAUAAUCUGGAAGUAAACGAUCAUGCCCUGAUCAACCACCAACCUGCUGCACAAUUAGAGGACUGGGAUUCUUUGAUGAGAGAAUUGGGAUUGCACGACAUCGACGACGAAUCUCCCGUUUCCCGGCCGCCUCCCUUUCCCCACCCCCACCCCCACCCCCACCCCGAGAUUACUGACCAUCUCCCAGAAUUUCCACCGCUAAUUAGUUCCUCCUUCGACGCGAACAAUCAGUUGGCGGUUGCUGAUUUCGGGCUUCUCACUGACAUCGCCAAUAAUAACAAUAAUAAUAAUAAUUCUAACAAUCCGAAUAGUAUGAUGGGUUUGUUCGAAGGAUUUUCCGGCGACGUUGUGGGGCUCGAUUUCGUCGAUGAGCUGAUUCGACUGGCAGAGUGCUUCGAGACGGGGUCGUUCCAGCUGGCUCACGUGAUAUCGGCUCGGCUCAAUCAGCGGCUGAGCUCGCCGGCGGGGAAGCCGCUCCAGCGGGCGGCUUUUUACUUCAAGGAAGCCCUUCAAUCGCUACUCACCGGCUCCCCUCGCCCGCCGGCAAACUCCAUGGAAAUAGUUCAGACCAUCAAGGCUCAGAGAACCUUCUCGAACAUCUCUCCCAUUUUCAUGUUUUCCAGCUUCACGGCCAACCAAGCUUUGCUCGACGCCGCCUUGGAUUCACCUGUACACGUCAUCGACUUCGACAUCGGCCUCGGCGGUCACUGGGCCUCCUUCAUGAAAGAGCUGGCCGACAGGUCGUCGGACCACGCGCCGCCGCUGCUCCGGAUAUCAGCAAUCGUGCCGGAGGAGUACGCGGCGGAGUCCAGGCUGGUUCGGGAGAAUUCGACGCAAUUCGCUCGGGAGCUGAACAUUAGAUUCGAGAUCCAAUUCAUAUCAAUUCGAAGCUUCGAGUAUUUAUCAUUCAAGGCGAUUAAAUUUAUGGAGGGAGAGAAGGUGGCGGUGCUAUCAUCUCCGGCGAUAUUCCGGCAAAUCGGGACGGGGUUCCUGAACGAUCUGCGGCGGAUUUCGCCUCACGUGGUUGUGCACGUGGACAUGGAAGGCCAGAUGGGGCUGGGAACGACGCCGUAUCGCCAGGCUGUGAUCGACGGCCUAGAAUUCUACUCCACCCUGCUGGAGUCUCUGGAGGCGGCGAACUUUAACGGCGGCGGCGAUUGGAUGAGGAGAAUCGAAACCUUUGUGUUAUAUCCCAAGAUUGUGGAGGCGGUGGAGGCGGCGGGGAGGCGUGCGGCGGCGUGGAGGGAGGCGCUUUUGGCGGCGGGGCUUCGGCAGGUAGGGCUGAGCCAGUUUGCGGACAUACAGGCGGACUGUUUGCUCAGGCGCUUGCAAGUUAGAGGAUUCCACGUGGCAAAACGGCAGGGGGAGAUGCUGCUUUGCUGGCAUGAUAGGCCCCUCGUCGCCACGUCAGCAUGGAGAUAUUAAUUAGUGUCGCUAAUUAAUUAAUCCCUCUCUCGGUAAUGAACAAGGUUAAUUACUACGUAACGUACUAAUCAUGGUUUAGGCAGCGGUCGAUGAUAUCAUUUAAUCCCAAUCCUAUAUUAUAUGUUUGGUUCUAAUGAAUUGCUUAAUUUGAAAAACACUGGUUAAAGAAAUAAAUUUUACUUGUGUUCGUUGUUUAUAAACAAAAUACAUUUGGUAAUCGUAUUAUAUCUUAAAAAUCUGUGGCUAGUUAGAUCAUUUUGUGUACAUUCCAGUUAUGUUAAGUCUCAUUGCAUGUUCUAGAGUAUAUGUUGUUUUGAUUUGUUUGAUUGAGCUUUUCGUAGAAAAGUUUGAUGAA